ACAGAGCAGCUCAGCUCCGUGUUUACGUUGAGAUGCUCACAACAAAGGACAGCACACCGCGGAGAGCCUGUCAUUUAAAAUAUAGCACCGUGGAUAUUUUUGUCUUACGGUGAGCAUUUACAACUCAUAACUCCAGGAAGAGGAGAACAAAUAACACAAGUCCUCAUCGGCUUCAAUUUUUAACGGUUUUACUUUUAUUUUUUGGGGGAAAACCAGCGUAGUGGGGAGAAAUUAAGACGAAAUCUCCUCUUUUUUUUUAAGCCGGUGGAGCGUUAGCUAGCUUGCUAGCCUCAGCAAGUUGGGGGAAAGCCAGGCAGCAGCUGGAGAAGCUAGCAGCACCAAAGACAACAAAAGGACUUCAUCAUUUACAUCGCAGGCAGGACCAGCAGUGCUGCGAGAAACGGACGCAUGAAGCAUGAGAGGGUGGAGCUGAGGCUCAGCUGACCCUUCCCCUUCCUUCUCCUCCUUUCCCCCCCCCGUGCUCCAUUCGAUCAGCACCUCCCCCCUCCCUUCCCCUCCUUUCCCCGUCCUGUGUCCCUCACCCUGUUGGAUCUCGCCCAUCUCGCCUCCCCUCCUCCUCCAAACAUCAAUCAGCCGUGCCCAAUGUACUCCCCGGAGCAGGAAAACAUCUCCACCACCGCCUCCACCAAAGUGCCAGUGAAGUAUGGAGAGCUCAUUGUGCUGGGGUACAAUGGCUCUCUGCCCAACGGGGACCGAGGCCGACGUAAGAGCCGCUUUUCGCUUUGUAAGAGACCGAAGGCAAACGGGGUGAAACCCAGCACAGUUCACAUCGCCUGCUCUCCACAGGCAGCCAAGGCCAUAAGCAACAAAGACCAGCACAGCAUCUCUUACACGCUGUCUCGAGCCCAGACGGUGGUGGUGGAGUACACCCAGGACAGCAAUACAGACAUGUACCAGAUCGGUCGAUCGACAGAGAGUCCCAUAGACUUUGUAGUGACGGACACGGUGGCGGGCAGCCAGAGUAACGCAGACACCCAGUCGGUCCAGAGCACCAUCUCCCGCUUCGCCUGCCGCAUCAUGUGCCAGCGCACGCCGCCUUACACUGCACGCAUCUUUGCCGCCGGCUUUGACUCCUCUAAGAACAUAUUCCUCGGGGAGAAAGCUGCUAAAUGGAAGACGUCUGAUGGUCAAAUGGACGGGCUGACCACCAACGGCGUGCUGGUGAUGCACCCUCGAAACGGCUUCACCCAGGACUCCAAACCGGGCGUCUGGAGGGAGAUCUCAGUUUGCGGCAGCGUCUUCACCCUGCGGGAGACCCGCUCGGCACAGCAGCGGGGAAAGAUGGUGGACACUGAGAAUCAGGAGCUGGUCGACGGCUCGCUCAUCGACCUUUGCGGUGCGACCUUGCUGUGGCGCACAGCUGAAGGCCUGUCGCGCACUCCCACCCUCAAACACCUGGAGGCGCUGCGGCAGGAGAUUAACGCAGCCCGCCCGCAGUGUCCCGUUGGCUUCAACACGCUGGCCUUCCCCUCCAUGCGUCGCAAGGACACGCCGGACGAGAAGCAGCCAUGGGUCUACCUCCAGUGUGGCCACGUGCACGGCUACCACAACUGGGGCAACCACCGCGAGGAGAGGGAGGGCCGGCAGAGGGAGUGUCCCAUGUGCCGGGCUAAAGGGCCGUACGUGCCGCUGUGGUUGGGCUGCGAGGCGGGCUUUUACGUAGACGCCGCCCCGCCCACUCACGCCUUUAACCCCUGCGGCCAUGUUUGUUCAGAGAAGACGGCAGCCUUCUGGAGUCAGAUCCCGCUGCCACACGGCACACACACCUUCCACGCCGCCUGCCCCUUCUGUGCCCAACAGCUGACUGGUGAGCAGGGCUUCGUCAGACUCAUCUUCCAGGGGCCCCUCGACUAGCAGGGCCAACUUCCCAGCAUCCUUUGUGCGAGGCCGAGCGGGGAGUUUUGUUAAGACCCUGCGAUGGACACGGGGAGCUACACAGAUUUGUUUUCUUCCCCUGCAGUUAAGAUAUAAACUUUUUUCUGGACUUUUUGUCUCAUUUUUAAGUGACCUUUGUAUUGCUUUUACAUGAAUGACAACAAAGAGUUCUAUAUUUUCAUGUGAAACCAGAGACUCAAAAACCAAACAGGAAACACUGCUGGGUAAACCUUUUGUUUGUUUCUCGGAAAAGAACUUUCAACAACAGUAUUUUUCUAAAUUACUAACAUACCGUGGUGCACACUUACGGUUUUUAUUCAUGUUUAUUGUUGCAAUAUACAUCUGUGUACAUCUCUUAGAGCUAAUUUAAACAAAGAUGUUUAUUUAUGGCCCAGGAACCAUCGCUUCAUCUGUCAGAUAUGCCUAACUUCAGUACUAUUUAGCAUUUUAAUUUUAAAAUACAGUUUAUUGUUAAUCAGAUAUAAAGUUUCUAGAUGUGUUCUGAGGGUUUUGUUCUGUGUCUUCCCCGAUGUCGCCCCUCAGAUCUGUUUGUCGUAUUUAUACACCCCGUCCUCUGGCGUGCUCUCACUUUGUGUGUUAACCCCUCAGUAAAACUUCUCGCCUUUUCACAUUCAAAGCAAUAGAUUUGGAAUGGAAACCUCCUAAAGCAUUAUGGGAAACUGAGUCUUCUAAGCGUCUGUGAAACACUCAGGCAGCCUGAAUGCACUGCUCCCUCCCUUUAAAGUCCAACUGACACUCUUCUGUGGGUGAGUGAAUCUUGUCUGAUCACAGGUUAGCCAUGAUACCGCAGCUAUGUAGCUAACAAACAAACACACACACACACACACACACACACACACACACACACACACACACACACACACACACACACACCCGACCUAGUCCUAAACUUUUUAUUGUAUUAAAAAUGGACAGGAACUUGCACACAGAAACUUAUUGUACAAAAAUAACCAAACAGAUGUUAUAAAAAAUAACAAAGUGCUGCUUAUUCCUUAUUCUGCGUGUCUGCUGUGAUGUUUGGGGCUCACCUGCACAGUUACAGCACCAAUGAUGUUAUUUUACAGUAUUCUGAUCAGUAUUACUAAAACAUUAUUUAUGCUCUUAUAACUUUUGGCACCUUAUAAAAUCCUGACUGUUUGAACAUUUAAAUGAAAUGAAACUGCUGCUGUUAGAGCCUGAUAAUGAUGCGCGUUUUAUUUUGAAAAACGCUGAUUUACCAUUUCAGGCAUGAAUUUAAAUAAUCGUCAUGAUCUGUGAGAACUUCAUCAUUGUAAUGUGCUUCUCUCGCUCACCUGAAUUGUAACCGUGCAGGAAGUCCCAUCCAUCUGAACACAUUCAAGAAAAAGACAACUGUUGGUACACAGAAACACACGCACGGCUUCAAGCUACACAAUCCUCUGUGUGUGUGUGUGUGUGUGUGUCUGUGUGUCUGUGUGUGUGUGUACUCAUCAGGGCUUCAUAUUAAUGUGUGCUUUCCAAACAGUGGGUUGAAGUACAAAAUAUCAGGACUGCCUGUUCUUUAAUGUGUUUAUUUUAUAGACGGUUAUGUUUAAAUCUCAUGGCGGUCACGAGGGCUGAACCAGAGCCGCCGUUAACGCCGUCCUAACGAGCUGCUCAACUCAACAGCUUUAUUGACUCGUGGUCUCCAACGGAUCAGUUUGUGAUGAAUGUGGUACAAGUGUAUCUUGUUUUAAACUCUGUAGACGACCAAUAAAACCCUGCCUUUUUUAAUUGAAUAAUAAUUCUGUGAGGCGGCCGAACACAGAAGAGAAACUCUUGACUGUCGUCAGGUUAAAGGUCAGAUAAAGGUCAACUUAAACUAAGUACUGAAUUAUUAAUAACUUUAUAUCAAAAUCACAAGAGCUAUGACUUUAUUAAAGGAGUGAAGGGAAUGACCGGAUGCAAACGAGACGUUAGCGUUCACGGUCGGCUUUGAUUUCAAAUAUAACUUCAAUAAUUAUGUAAGAUUUAACUUUAAUGACAGCUGUCAACAAGUUAUUUAAUGUUAAUCCACUUAUGUACAAAUAAGAUUCAUUUAUAAUAAAGCUAUAUAUAUAUGUAUAUUUGUUUACCACUGAGCGGUGGGACGCGGGGCUUUUUGUAUAUGUUUCGACCUGCGAUUGAGACGCGAUCAAUUUUGUGUUGAUUUACAAAAAGCGCUGCGUCCCACGAUGAUGUGAACGUCGUAGUGUUCGCACUUACGGAAGGGCAAAGGGCACUUCAUGGAUGCACAAAACAGAAAUAUCAACACAUAUUAUUAUUAUUGUUACGUGUCAACUUUUAAGCCAAAAUGAACCACACGUCCUCAGAACAAUGAAAAUCCAAGCAUCUCGUGAGGAAGAUCAUGUGAUACGAGUGAAAGCUUGAUUGUAGCUGCUAAAUGGACCUUGUGGUUAGAUUGUUACGUCACCGACUGACGAUAUAUAAACAGAUACGAUGUUCGGUAGUGCAGAACCCUCAGACAGAAUAUGGAGCAUGAAGUCCUGAUGUUUUGCACUUUAUGUGAAACCACAAACACUCCCAGACGGCUGCUGCACACACACACACGCACACACACACACACACACACACACACACACACACACACACACACACACACACACACACAACACAUCCUGCAUCCAGCUUAGAAACAACACACACUCGUACUGUAGAAACUUCAGAGGCACUUCCAAACACCUUUGUCAGUGUAUAUAUAUAUGUGUGUGUGUGUGUGAGAGAUUGUAAUUUAUGUGUUCAAGAUGAUUGUAUGUGUGUGUGUUCAGUCAGUGUGUUCAUUUGUCU